CCUUGUUUGGAAGCUAUUUGUAUUAUGGAGAAAGAACCUUUUUAACCAGGUCAACAGAGACCCAAUUAUAAUUUUCGGAGCCAUAGUCAUUCAGUUGCAAGAUGACAACAAAGAAUAGAAAUAUAGAAAUACGGUUGAAGGCCGAUUGGUAAGAAGAAGCAUGGGAAUAAUAAUAAUGAAAAAUAUCAGUGUGUGGAAAAAGAUAUGAUUUGCUUUUAUAACAAGACAGAGUUCGGCAUAGGGUGACCUGAUUCAAUAGGGUGAAAUACGGGGCAGUCAUUUCAAGCACACACCCACCACCUACACACAUUGCACAACAAAGUCGGGCCUACUUUUUUACUGUACAUCAAAUUGUGUUGUCCAGUACCGAAUGAAUUGGAUUGAGGCAACAAAAGAGCGUUUAACUCAGAAUAACACUGCGUCUCUAUGGCAAACAUGAACAGUUUGAACAGUAAAAGCUAUCCUAUAACAAAAUAUUGCAUACGGGACAAAUUAAUGAAUUGGAUUGAAACAACAAUAAAAUAGUGUUUGCACUCCGGAUAAUAUGAACACAUUAAGAUUAACACAGCCCACGUUUCAGGUGUACACAGCAACCAACUGUAAUAACGUAUAGAUUUAUGCCUACACAUUUUUGCCAGUUUGAUUGGGUGGCCUGUUGUAGUUUUCGCAUGAGCCAGUCCUUCUCAGAGUCAUAGAAAGCUGUGCAAUUUAAUGCAAAAUUAACUCGAACAAAUAAUAUUGCCUUCUUGGAUGGUUGUUACAGCUAUGUUGGAUUUCGCGCAUACAAGGUGCUUGGGUUUGGCAGCUCGUGAGAACUAAAAUGUGAUUGGAUUAUAGUCCGUAAAGAAUAAGGAAAUAUAAGACAAAUUAUGAAAACUUAUCAUAUUCGAAGAGGCAGUAGGUCGGACCAAUAAAAAAACUGGAUAAGUCGGGACAACUGAAAACGGACUGAAAUACGGGACUGUCCCGGGAAAAACGGGACGUCUGGUCACCCUAGUUCGCCAUAAUUUGAAAUCUAUGUGCAGGCGAACACACAAAGGACCCUCAGAUUUUGAAUGAUGGGACUGAAUAAGGAUAGCCUAGUUGCCAGAUUGGCUGUUUAUCUAUAUUUUGAUCACAUUUGAUUUGCAGAAAUACAGAAAAAAACGAAAUUGCGUAUUGAAUUAGGAAUACAAUUAUAAUUAUAUUUCAAAAUGUUACAGAAAAUACACAUAUUAACGACUAGGCACAGCUGUGUCUAUUCUGUUAUACUACGACCCUUUUUAUGAUGUAUAUUAUCUUAUCUCAUUGGUGAUUUCGCUAUUAAAAUAUAUGUUAUUGUUUGAGUGUAUAUAUGUGGGUCUGUGCAACCUACGGUUAAACACUUCUGAGAAUUGCAGAACGUAAAAUGUACUGCGGGACCAAAGAAAAUUAUCUGGCAACCUGGCGGUUCAAUCUCUGGCUGUAGCAGCCAACGUAGCUUAUUACGGUUCAACAAAAGGUUGAGUUGAAAUACACACGGCUUUCAGUGUGCAUUUUUUAUUUAUAAGUAAAAUGUUGGAUAUUGUCUUUAGGUAUGAUUGUAAUAUAUUUUGUAUUUUAUAUUCUGCGUCAAAAAUCCUGAACAUCGCCUAACAUUGCAACGGUGAUAGUUGACUCGUCGUGAUAGCGACGGCUAUUAAAGGUACAGGAUGACGCGUAUUAUCUGACUCGCUCGAUGAAAUAGGUGCAAGCAAUGUAAGGGUGUUGUUUUGUUGCGAUUUUCGGGACAUCGGGACCUAUGUUGUAAGAGCUGGAGUGCUAUUAUCGAUGAAAUUAUCCGGCUUCUGUUAACCGGCAGAUUCAUUUUGCCAUAUUCAGCGAGCUCAUAUCGAUAGUCUACGAUGUAUUCCUUUUUGUAAACGUUAUUGCGAAGCGUGGCAUAAUAAAAACCGGGGCAGUUGUGAUUUCGCGUAUGAUUUAUUGGAUGCAAAGUGUACUGCUACAGUUGUAGAGUAAAUUAAUAGGCCAGAGGAGGCAUUUCGUCAGCAAGACGCCGGUGGCAGAUAAGAUGGGGUCGGUAUUCCGAAGUGAGGAGAUGUGCUUGGCGCAGUUGUUUCUGCAGUCAGGUUCUGCAUACGAUUGCAUAAGUGAGCUUGGAGAAAUGGGUCUGGUGGAGUUUCGGGAUCUUAACCCCACUGUCAACCCUUUCCAGCGCCGCUUUGUCAGCGAAAUCAAGAGAUGCGAGGAGAUGGAGAGAAUUCUGGGGUACCUUUUAAGGGAGAUCCGAAAGGCUAAGAUUUCUGUACCCGAAGAUGAUGAAAUCUGCCCAGUAGCCCCUCCCCCCAAACAUGUCCUUGAGAUCAUGGAGCAGCUGCAGAGGCUAGAGGUGGAGCUCGGCGAGGUGGCCCGGAACAAGGAGAAGCUGCAACGUAAUCUUUUGGAGUUGAUCGAGUACACGCACAUGCUGAGGAUCACACGCGCCUUUGUGCACAGCCGCUCACGGCAUGAGGCCAUUGGCCCCCAGUAUGAAGAGUUCCAAUCCAUUGAGUCAGACUCUGCUGGCUGCACUAGUAUGCAGAGACUGGGAGCCAAGCUGGGGUUUGUGUCAGGUCUAAUCCACAGGGUGAAGGUGGAGGCCUUUGAGCGCAUGUUGUGGAGGGUUUGUAAGGGCUACACCAUCCUCAGCUACGCAGAGCUGGGUGAGAGCCUCGCUGAUUUGGACACCGGUGAGAUCAGCACAAAUGUGGUGUUCCUUAUCUCAUUUUGGGGAGACCAGAUUGGACAGAAGGUUCAAAAGAUUUGUGAUUGUUACCACUGUCAUCUUUACCCCCACCCUGAGAAUGAUGAGGAGAGAGCCGAUGUCAUGGACAGCCUGAGGACACGCAUCCAGGAAUUGAACAAUGUCCUCCACCGCACCGAGGAGUACCUGAGACAGGUGUUACAGAAGGCCUCAGAGUCUGCCUUCACCUGGGUAGUGCAGGUGAAGAAGAUGAAGGCCAUUUAUCACAUCCUCAACCUGUGUAGCUUUGACGUCACCAACAAGUGUCUCAUUGCUGAGGUGUGGUGCCCAGUCAGUGACCUGAUGAACCUACGGGGUGCGUUGGAAGAAGGCUCGAGAAAAGGUGAUGCCACUGUACCAUCCUUUGUAAACCGCAUUCCAAGCAACGACACUCCGCCUACACUCUUAAGAACCAACAAGUUCACCUCAGGCUUUCAGAGUAUUGUAGAGGCUUAUGGGGUUGGAGACUACAGGGAGGCUAGCCCAGCUCCUUACACCAUCAUUACAUUCCCCUUCCUGUUUGCGGUCAUGUUUGGGGACCUUGGUCAUGGUGUGGUCAUGGCAUGCUUUGCCCUGUGGAUGGUGUUGACAGAGAAGACCCACAAGCGCAAGCGCUCUGAUAAUGAGAUCUGGACAAUGUUCUUUGAGGGACGGUAUAUCAUUCUCAUGAUGGGCCUGUUCUCUGUCUACACUGGGCUCAUCUACAAUGACUGCUUCUCCAAGUCACUCAACAUAUUUGGCUCAGGCUGGAGUGUUAGAGCUAUGUUCACAGAUCAGCAAUGGUCAAAUGAAACUCUCCAAACGAAUGCUUUGCUCACCCUUGAUCCCAAUGUCAGUGGUGUUUUCAUUGGGCCAUACCCCUUUGGAAUCGAUCCUAUUUGGAACAUGGCAGUAAAUCGUCUGUCCUUCCUGAACUCUUACAAGAUGAAGAUGUCGGUCAUCAUCGGGGUUGUGCACAUGAGCUUUGGUGUGGUGCUGAGUGUCUUCAACCAUCUGCACUUCAAGCAGAGGUUCAACGUCUAUCUGCUGUUCCUCCCUGAGUUGCUGUUCUUGCUGUGUCUCUUUGGCUAUUUGGUCUUUAUGAUCUUGUAUAAGUGGCUGGCAUUUGGUGCACGUGACUCCCGUCUGGCCCCCAGCAUCCUCAUCCACUUCAUUAACAUGUUCCUCAUGCAGGGAGGGGACAACACCGCUCUCUACCCAGGGCAGAAUGUGCUACAGGUCUUCUUGGUAGUGGUGGCUCUGCUGUCUGUGCCUGUGCUGCUGUUAGGAAAACCGUUUUACCUCUACUGGCUACACCGUGGAGGAAAAGGCUUGAGACUGCGCAGAGGUUAUGAGAGAGUUCGUCGAGUGAGUGAGGAUGAUACGUCACAAGCACCAGCUUACGAUGACGAUGAGGAGGAGGGAUUGGAUGACCUCAUGGCAAGCAGAGAUAGCAAGCCUAAGGCGUUUGACUUCGGGGAUGUGUUCCUGCACCAGGCCAUCCACACCAUAGAGUACUGCCUGGGCUGCAUUUCCAACACGGCCUCCUACCUGCGCCUCUGGGCUCUCAGUCUGGCCCAUGCUCAGCUUUCGGAGGUGCUGUGGGCCAUGGUGAUGCGUCUGGGCCUGAGGGUGACCUCCAGACUGGGGGUGCUGUUUCUGGUGCCAGUGUUCAGCAUGUUCGCUGUACUGACCGUGUGCAUCCUGCUGGUCAUGGAAGGACUGUCAGCCUUCCUCCACGCCCUCCGGCUUCACUGGGUGGAGUUCCAGAAUAAGUUUUAUCAUGGGACAGGUAUCAAGUUUACCCCCUUCGACUUCGCCACCUUGCCCUCAGUGUUUGAGCAGGAUGGAUUACUCUGACCAGCUAUGACCAGAUUGACUGGAUUUUAGUAAGGGAACAUGUACUUGGAUGGAUGCUCUGAGUUAGAGCAAGAUGGCCCACUGAUGAAGAUAAGAAACUGCAGAGCAGUGGUGGGAUUACCUAGCAGUGCUUUUCAGCAUGCGACUCUGGACACUUGGCUGCACUGACUGCCUUAUAUCAUCAAUGUGUCCAUACCCAACUAACCUCAAUUCUUGAAUUCAGUGGGAUUCAAAACUCUUCAUCUAGGUCUAUUGAUAUGUAGUUUGUUCUGCAGUCAUUGUUGUAUCUUAUGUAAUGGCCACUUCAUGCCAAUUUUGUUGAUUUGAGCCUUUUUGUUUGCUUUUGUAGGAAAUGAUAGUGUUUUUUUUAUUGUUAAUUUAUUAUGCGAGACUCAUUUAUUAGAGAGAUCUUUAAAGAAUAGAACAAAAGGUUAUAAGUAAUGCAUAAAAGACAAGAUUUCAUAUAAAAUAUCCAAAUUUCUAGUGCCAUAACAUUAUGUCCAAUAAUGAAAAGGGUGAAAACUCAAGCUGCUAAUUGUGCAGAUUUUCAGUGCUUAUCCAUGUGAUGACAUCUUUGGGCAUAGUACUGUAUGAGGAUUUGUAUACUUGUAGAUUAUGAUGUUUCCUCCUGUAUUGCUAUAGAAGACUCCAUGUGUCAUUCUGGGAAGGAUAAAAGGCAACAGCGAAAUUUCUUUUUGCAACGGAUGUUGUCAUUUAUUCAAAGGACAUUGUCACAGAGCACUUUUCAAAGAACAAUGCAGAAAUGAUUGUACAAUAAAAGUCAGCAUUUUCACAAAAAUGUGUACUCAAUGUACAAUUGCAAGGCAUCGGCAGUGGGGAGAACAAGUAUUUGAUACACUGCCGAUUUUGCAGGUUUUCCUAC